AUGAUCUAGUUGGCAGUUGCAUAGAUGCCCCCCCGUUUCCAUGCACCACGAGGGUAGCACUCGUCGACUACAUAGGUAGUAGAAGGAAAUGGACGUAUCUGACCUCCAUCGCGUCCAAGUGCAGUGCUAGUAUGCCCCGAGAGUGGUAAUCGUGGAGUCGUGGACUAAUUAGGAGAACCGAAUGGGUGAUCAUCCACCGAGUCAACCGUCGUCCCCUCUCGGCCUAUUCACAACCAUAGUGGUUGAACGUAGCGGCCGUGGGGGCGACGGCGUUGACGUCACAACCUUAGUGAUUCCUGUGGGAUUGGGAGUGGGAGGCGGAGGAGGAGGAGGAGGAGGAGGAGGAGGAAGUGGUAGGUGGAAGGAGACUAAGCGGUGUGCGGAAGGAGGAGGAAGGGGAGAAGGGAGGAGUUGCCCCGUGAAUGGCACGUGGCGAAUCGGGGGAACCUCCGUCAUGGCAGGUCAAUGCAUCACAGCCGCCGGUGAGGAACCGGCGGAGCCGUCGCGAUGGCCGAAGCUUGCGCGGAAGACUGCGCUGAAGUCCCGAUCUUUGAAGCUGUUGAAGGACAAAAUUUUUGUCCUUCGGUGUUUUCGAGGACGGCGGGAAUCGGAUGGGAGAUCGAGAGGGUGGGUGUGUAAUCCAGUCGGAUUUGCGGAUCAAUCAGAUGACGUGGCGGAAGAUGGGAAACCAGGGAACGAGACGUCAACAUCGUCGGCGGAAGACGUCUACCUUUCUUGUACUACGUUCAACGUUUUGGCGCCAAUCUACAAGCGGAUUAACGCCGAGGGGAUGAGGGAGAGUCAGGACAGAGAGUCUUGGCUAGCUCGCAACCAGAAGAUCAUUGACAUGUUGUUGAAGAAGAAUUCCUCCAUUAUCUGCCUUCAGGAGUUCUGGCUGAGCAAUGAGGAGCUUGUUCAGCUCUACGAGAGCCAGCUCGGUGCAGCCGGCUAUGAGCUGCACAAGUUGGAAAGAACCAACAACAGAGGGGAUGGUCUUUUGACGGCAAUUCGGAAGGAUCGACUUCAGGUGGUGGAUUCCAGGGCUAUGCUCUUCAACGAUUACGGCGAUAGGGUUGCACAGCUGUUUCGGCUGCGCGCUACAAUGCCUGUGAAAAUGAAGGACGGCAGCGAUGCAGGCAGUGAUGCCAGCGAUGGCGAAGAAUCGGCUCCUGUUGAAUUGCUCCUUGUCAACACUCACCUCCUAUUCCCCCAUAACUCGAACACUAGCAUUGUUCGUCUGCGCCAGGCGUACAAAAUCCUGGAAUAUGUGGAGUCAUACAAGCGAGAGACAAAGCUGCCUCCGAUGCCAAUUCUCCUUUGUGGCGACUGGAAUGGCAGCAAGCGGGGGCAAGUGUACAAAUUCCUCAGAUCACAGGGGUUCAUUUCGUCAUAUGACAAUGCGCAUGACGUGCCCGAAGACGAUUCGAGAAAGGUCCUUCCCUAUAUCGAGGUAAUGUACUAUUGCCCCAAAGUAAUCCGCUCUCCUACUCAGAGCAUCCGCGACUACGUUGUACUUCCCUUUGACAGGCUUGAGCUCAAAGUCAUACUGAUCUAUCUCUGCGGCCCACCUAGUAACCUUAGGUGUCAUCUUGGCCUGCGCCUUUAACCAUCGUAAUGUCUCAUGGUCAGAAUAAACUUUGAAGUGCCUC